AUGGCUGCGGAAGGAGAUUUUUUGGCGAGAUAUCGUGCUGUAUCCAACAAACUGAAGAAACGUUUUCUCCGGAAACCCAAUGUUGCUGAAGCUAGUGAGCAGUUUGGUCAGUUGGCAAAGGAGCUGAAGCAGCAGGACUGUUUGCAAUAUGCUGCCUUCUGCAAUCUGGCAAUGGCUCGGUGCGAGCAGACUCUGUUUAAUGCCCCUGGAGAGGCUUUAGCACUAACAGAUGCCGCCCGCCUCUUCCUCACAUCCGAGAAGGAGAACAGGGCUCUGCAGGCACCAGGUUUUGAUGAACACCUCCAGGCUGCACUCAACUGCUACAGCUUUGCUAUUAAGGUGUACAUUGAGAUGAACCAGCCUGUAAUGGCGGCCAGUUUGUGUCUCGAACUUGGGAACGCACUCAAGGAGAUGAACAGACCAGGAGAGGCAAUUGUUCACUACCAGAGGGCAGCAGAGUUACAGUCACAAACACCCAUUGAGGCCUUGUUGUCAAUGGGAGAAAUCGCCACUUGCAAAAUACUAACACGUGAUUAUGAUGGUGCGUUAUCGGUGUUCACUGAAAUGCAGCUCGUCUGUCAGGAGAGAGGACUCCAGCUUCCUGGCUCUAGCACUCCAGUUGGUGCCUUUCUGGACAUUGUAGCCAAAUGCGAGAUCUCAAGGGUGUUAUUGCUUAUGUUUCUUGAGCCCCCGCCUCAGAAACUACUCCCUGAACACGCGCAAACCCUGGAACGAUAUGCAUGGGAGUCCUUCGACCCACACAGCCAAGUUACCUUCCUGCCUGAAAACGUCUUCCUGCUUCUCCAAUCAGUGGUGAUGGCUUGUCAGGAAAAAGACACCGAGUCUCUUAAGUCUCUUCAAACAGACCUUUGGCCAUUGUUAACAGCUGAGCAGAACCAUCUCCUCCAUCUAGUGGUGCAAGAGCGAAUUACACCGUCUGGACAAGGCAUUUAG